AUGUAUGAUUGUGCUAACCAUGCUGCAGGGAACACCAGUGGUAAUCUAUCAAUUGAAAAUAUACUUUGCAGUCUUCUUGGUGGAACAUCAAAAUCUAAAGGUUUAAUUCAUACACCAGCCCCAAAAUUAUCUUUUUCCCAAACUACUAUGUUAGAGGAGUCUUUAACAUAA